AGCAGAGAUAUGUCAAAAUAAUUAAAAAUGCACCCAAACUCCUCUGAACGGACGCCAGGUGUCAAGCGUCGAGGAUCCGAAAAUCAGAUAGUGGAAGGCAGGUAUCGGCAGAUGAGCGAUUUUUUUAAACUUUACGUCACACUCUCUGCAUGCAUCUUCUUCUCCAAAAUUUUGAAAUUCUCAUUUCUCCUCCUUCUCUCUAAAAGCUCUCCCUUCUCUCUACCAAAACUCACCAUUUCUCUUCUCCGAUCACCGUUCACGCGUCGUAGAAGCACUUCCGGUGUCCAGAGCUUCAGAUUGAACCGAACGGUUUCGGGUUCUGAACUGUUGGAAGGAUUGUUGAACGUGAGGGUAGAAGGAAUUGUAGUCAGGCGAACCUUAAUUCUGCCUCUAGGACGUUCGUUCACGCUCAGAGAAGGAGACGUACUGCUGGAAGAGACACUGGAGGAAGAGAACCUGGUCGAGGUUGAAGUGAAGACCAAACAAUAGAACGUUCGGUUAGUAGCUUAGUUGAUUGUAAGGUGGUCGUUCGAUCACCUUCCCUUUUUGUUUUAGUAUGAUCGUUCGGUAUCUUCUUUUGUAAACCGUUCGGUCAGGAGUGUACCUUGUACAACUUUAAUUUCUAGUAAUGCUUUGUAAGGUCGUUCGGCCAUAACCGUACGCUCUGUUUAGUGUAAGACUGAUCUGAGUUAUUAUUAAAUGUGAUUAUUCAACUCU